GGGGCGUCGCGGGGACUAGCCAAGCCCCAAAGGCUGGCGGCUGUGAUCGGAGCCUUCCUUGCGGCUUCUGAACGCCAGUGAGUCUCCGCCAGGACGCCCGCGUCGCCAGCCCUCGACUCUCCGGCCCGCGCCUCCGCCUUGCGCUCCCGCGUCCAGGCCACCCGGAAGGAUGCGCCGUGCGCCGACGGCCUCGGCAGCCUUGGUGCUGUGCGCCGCCACCGCCGGGCUGCUGAGCGCGCAGGGCCGCGCGGCGCCCGCCGAGCCUCCCGAGCCGCCGCGCUUCGCGUCCUGGGACGAGGUGAACGUGCUGGCGCACGGGCUCCUGCAGCUGGGCCACGGGCUGCGCGAGCACGUGGAGCGCACCCAGGGGCGGCUGGGCGCGCUGGAGCGGCGGCUGGGCGCGUGCGGGGCGGCCUGCAAGGAGUCCGGGGGGUCCGCCGCGCCCCCGCGCGCGCCCGAGGGUCUGGGCCCCAGUGGCGAGGCUGCCCCCGAGACCCUCGGCAGCCUGCAGACUCAGCUCAAGACCCAGAACGGCAGGAUUGAGCAACUCUUCCACAAGGUGGCCCAGCAGCAGCGGCACCUGGAGAAGCAGCACCUGAAAAUCCAGAAUCUGCAGAGCCAGGUGAGCCUCCUGGCCCCCACGCACCUGGGCCACAGGAUGGCCAAGCCUGGCAGGAAGAAGAGGCUACCCAAAAUGGCACAGCUCGUUGGCCCUGCUCACAAUAUCAGCCGCCUGCACAGACUGCCCAGGGACUGCCAAGAGCUGUUUGAAGAGGGAGAGCGACAAAGUGGACUGUUCCAGAUCCAGCCUCAGGGGUCCCCACCCUUCCUGGUUAACUGCAAGAUGACCUCGGAUGGAGGCUGGACUGUAAUUCAGAGGCGCCAGGAUGGCUCCGUGGACUUUAACCAGCCCUGGGAAGCUUAUAAGGCUGGCUUCGGAGACCCCCAAGGUGAGUUCUGGCUGGGCCUGGAGAAGGUUCACCGCAUCACGGGGGACCGUGGCAGCCGCCUGGCUGUGCAGUUGCAGGACUGGGAGGGCAAUGCUGAGUCUCUGCAGUUCCCCGUCUAUCUGGGUGGUGAGGACACAGCCUACAGCCUGCAGCUCACAGCUCCCGUGGCCAGUGAACUGGGUGCUACCACUGUGGCACCCAAUGGCCUCUCCCUGCCCUUCUCCACUUGGGAUCAAGACCACGACCUCCGUGGGGACAAGAACUGUGCCAAGAGCCUCUCCGGUGGCUGGUGGUUUGGCAGCUGUGGCCAUUCCAACCUUAAUGGACAGUACUUCCGUUCCAUCCCACACCAGCGGCAGCAGCGUAAGAAGGGCAUCUUCUGGAAGACCUGGAGGGGCCGCCACUACCCGCUGCAGGCCACCACAAUGCUGAUCCAGCCGACAGCGGCUGAAGCAGCCUCCUAGCCUCCCCACUGGGGCCUGGCUCCCAGGCUCGUAGACAGCAGUGACUUUGACUCUGGCCCAGCGUGUGGCCACUCCCUGCUCAGGCAGGGGCUCCAGACGGGGGCCAUCUGGAGCCUCACGGACAGAGAAGAUGCUCACGACUGGAGAUGCCCCCUUUCUGAGUGGCGGGGUGCAAAUGAUACCCUCUGAGGGCAGAGCUACAGGGUUGCAGGGCACAGAGCCAGGAAGCGUGAGACGGAGGGGCAUUGAGGCCUGCUCCUUGCCCGCCUAAGGAGUCGAGGACACAGAGGGACCACUCGGGGGCAGCCGAGCCAGCCCUCGACGGCGGAUUCAGUCACAUUGACUGGCUGGGGGACCAGGGCUCCCGUGGGCCCCCAGUGCCCUCACAGUGCUCUCGUGUGUGGGUGCUGUGGGAUGAGCCGGUGCCAAUGACAUCUGGGUGGAGCUCACCAAAUUCUUGCAAUAAAAGCAACCUCAGCACA